UUUUUUUAAUAAUGGGUUAUAGAGUAUGAUUCCAAAUGAUACAUUUUUUCACUGAAGCACUAUCAAUCAUAAAUACCCAUUACUUGGUUUUCUGGUUUUUCCUUUUUGGGUGUUGCAACUGCAGUAGGAUCCUAGAAACCGUUUGUAUUGAGCCGUUUGUUGUUGUGUUUGGUGGUGGAGCAGAGAUGGAUUCUUAUGAUCACAAUCCUUCGGAGCUAGAAAUGGGUGGAGGACCAGUCAAGCGGACCAGGAAUGGUGAUAAGGAGUCCGGUGGCCCUGAUCGGGAUAGUGCAUGGGUAGAGAAAAAUGAAGAAGAUGAGAAGGAUUUGAGUGUUGAAAAGUUGUUUGAGAGCAAGAAGGUGCCUCCAUGGUGGGAGCAGAUCACAUUUAGAGGAAUGUUUGUGAGCAUGUUGAUGGGUAUCAUGUUCAGUAUAAUUGUCAUGAAAUUAAACCUCACUACAGGGAUCAUUCCUUCUCUGAAUGUUUCUGCCGGCUUGAUUGGAUUCUUUUUCAUGAGAACAUGGACAAAAAUGUUGGACAAAGUGGGUUUACUCAAAACUCCAUUCACAAGACAAGAGAAUACUGUCAUUCAGACCUGUGUGGUUGCUUGCUAUGGCAUCGCAUUCAGUGGAGGAUUUGGCACAUACCUCUUGGGUAUGAGUAGAAAAAUGUAUGUGAAGGCAGGAGGUAGUGCUACUCCAGGGAAUUCCGCCAAUGACAUAAAGGACCCUAGUCUUAGCUGGAUAAUAGGUUUUCUAUUCACUGUUAGUUUUAUGGGUUUACUUGCUGUGGUGCCUCUAAGAAAGAUAAUGGUGAUAGAUUAUAAGUUAACUUAUCCCAGCGGCACAGCAACUGCUAUCCUCAUCAAUGGAUUCCAUACACCUCAAGGUGACAAGAUGGCCAAGAAGCAAGUGAAAAGCCUUGGACAAUAUUUUGCAUUCAGCUUUCUUUGGGGAUUUUUUCAGUGGUUUUUUACUGCGGGAGAUGGCUGUGGUUUUGUAAACUUUCCUACAUUGGGAUUGAGAGCUUUAGAGCAAAGAUUUUAUUUUGAUUUCAGCAUGACAUAUGUUGGAACUGGGAUGAUCUGUCCUCACCUUGUAAAUGUAUCUUUGUUGUUGGGAGCAAUCAUGUCUUGGGGUCUCAUGUGGCCCCUAAUUAAGAACAACAAAGGAGACUGGUAUACAGCCUCUGAUACCAGCAUGCAGGGCCUUCAAGGCUAUAAGGUUUUUAUAUCCAUUGCUCUUAUUUUGGGGGACGGACUCUACAGUUUCAUAAAAAUCCUAUACAUAACUCUGAGCAAUAUGUAUGGUGAAUGGAAGAAGAAAAAAAUAGGUCAGACAGAGAUUCCUGUAGUGUCAACCAACAAUGAUGAGCAACGAACAGGAGAAGCAGUGUCAUAUGAUGAGCAGCGAAGGAACGAAAUGUUUAUGAAGGACAGAAUUCCUCUGUGGGUUGCAGGAUCGGCAUACAUUGCUUUGGCUGCCAUAGCCAUGGGGAUCAUCCCAAAGAUCUUUCCUCCUGUAAAAUGGUACUAUGUCUUAGUAGCCUACACAUUUGCACCAGUGCUUGGUUUUUGUAAUGCUUAUGGAUGUGGGCUCACGGAUUGGAGCUUGGCCUCCACUUAUGGGAAAUUAGCACUGUUCAUAUUUGGAGCUUGGGCAGGUAAGGACGAUGGUGGAGUAAUUGCAGGUUUAGCUGCAUGUGGUGUAAUGAUGUCUAUAGUCAACACAGCAUCAGAUUUGAUGCAGGAUUUUAAGACUGGAUACCUAACGCUCUCAUCACCGAGAUCUAUGUUUGUUAGCCAGGUUAUCGGAACAGCAAUGGGGUGCGUAAUUGCACCUUCCACCUUCUGGCUAUUCUACAAGGCUUUCGAUGUAGGAGGUGAUGGUGAAUACGCAGCUCCAUAUGGGUUGAUUUACAGAAACAUGGCCAUUUUGGGAGUUGAAGGAUUUGGAGCCCUUCCUAAACACUGUCUUACUCUUUGUUAUUGCUUCUUUGCAUUCGCCAUUGUAGUCAAUCUGAUCAGAGACCGUGUGCCAAAGAAAGUAUCUCAAUAUAUUCCUCUUCCAAUGGCCAUGGCUAUACCGUUCUACCUUGGGGGUUACUUUGCAAUUGAUAUGUGUGUGGGCACUACCAUAGUGUAUAUAUGGCAGAGAAUAAACCGCAAGAGCGCUGAUAUCCUAGUUCCUGCUGUGGCUUCUGGUCUCAUAUGUGGAGAUGGCAUAUGGACUCUGCCUUCCUCUAUUCUUGCUCUUGCUAAAGUCAAUCCUCCUAUCUGCAUGAAAUUCCUGUCGAGAAAACAAAAUGUUAAGGUUGAUGUCUUUCUAGGAAGCUAAGUGGAAGCAAUUCAAUACUACAGAAUCAAGUGUGAUCUAGGUAUGUAUAUAAAUAUAUAUAAUUAAAAUAGAAGCCAUGGAUUUCGUACUCCUUGAAGGGAAACCCUUCUGUUGACAAUUGUAAUAUGGUUUCUAAAUUUUUCACGAAAAAGUACUUUGGUUGA